AUGAUGUUUUUCGUGGACGUUUAUCAGUCUUCAGCUUGCGAUGCACCCGUUGGUCGACGCAACAAAGAAUAUUAUGGAACUUCACCACAUAUGUCAACAAUUCACUUUGCUGCAAUGGAAUCAAGUGACGCCUACACGGAGAAAAAACAUAGUCGUGAUUCCAAAUUAUUUGACAAAGGCAGGAUGAAAGGUUUCGUCAAAAACACACAAAAUGUAAUCGUUGUAUCAUUUCAGGGUUCCGACAGCCUACAGGACUGGUUUAGGAAUAUCCAGACCUUGAAAAAAUCAUAUAGCGGCUGCCAAGAUUGCAAAAUACACAGUGGAUUCUUAAAGUCUUAUAGCCCACUGAAAGACGAAAUGCUAAGAAAAGUUAACACUUUGUAUCAAGAACAUCCCAAGAAGAUUUUAGUCACAGGUCAUUCACUUGGAGGAGCAAUGGCAACUUUGGCAGCUGUUGAUUUGGUCAAUGCUGGAUAUCCUGUCAAUUUAAUAACUUUUGGCGCACCUAGGGUUGGCAACAAAGAAUUUGCACAAUAUGUCGACAGAAUUGUGAAGGGAAUUAAUCUUAGAGUGACGUACAAGAAUGACAUUGUUACGGUCAUUCCUAAUAAAGGAUAUCGACAUGCUGGGCAAGAACUUCAUUGCAUUGAUCAUAAUAAAUUUCAUUACUAUCCUGCAAACGUAGAUUUGUUGCAUGCAAGGCGAAACUUAUUAGAUCAUCGUAUGAAAAAUUAUCUUCAUUUAUAA